AUCUGGAUGACGCCGGAACAGGAUAUUAUCUCAAUAAACCCACCCAUACACAGCUGCUCAGCCCCUCGGAAAACCACACUCUCAGAAUUAGACUACGGCACGAAGCGGUACGAAUACGAGCUACUGUGAUAGCAGACAAUACACAUAUUGCUAUAUAUACUCGCUACACUCCAAAAAAGGCUGCACAUCUGGUUGCUUCCAUCUAGCUCCUGAUCCAUUCAUAAGCUUCACACAAAGAGAUAUUUGAGUCGCAGAGGAACUCCGGAUCCUUCUUCUUUUCCAAUGGAGGUGCUGAAUAUAUUCACAAUUACGGCCGCGGGAGCCCACAGUGGACCUUCGAGUAUCACCGCCACACCCAGUCAUCUAUCCAGUCCACAUUCAACGGCGGUCACUCUGACCUCCCUGGCAUCUAGCAGUGUACCAACUUCCUUAUUAUCAGGCCUGUCUUCGUUUGUUCUUUUUUAUAUCGCCUUGGCAGCUGGUAUCUCUGUGGCUGUGCUCUUCAUCUUUUGCACGAUAAGAUAUUUCGUCAGAUCCCGAUUUGGGUUAAACGUCACCCCCUCUGUCUUCACUUCUUCAGUAAUCGAUCCCUUUUCCUUGACUAGACUGCCUUUCAUCUUAUCCGGUCCAAGAAGUGGAGGUUUCACCGGACAAGAGAUUCACGUGGCACGUGUGAGAAGAUGGAGAAGGGCAAGAUACAGAGCUAAAAGAAGAUUGAACGCUGCUGAGGUUGAAAAGUUGUUCCCUCAGAAGACGUACCAUGACUGGUUGAAUGGCGGAAAGGAGAGAGAUAUUUUGCAGAGAGAUGGCCAGUUGAAAGAGGUAGCACGCGAUGGUGAUGGUUUGGGCGAAGAAUUCAGUAUCCAUGAGGGUACAUCGUCCCACGCAAGCUUACCCGAUAUUUUUACCAAUCUUUCUUCCGAAUCGAUUUACAUGUCGAAUGCAAAUGUCUCGACCGCCGCCCUUCCGGGGGAAGGGAUUGGAAAACCAGAACCAGCUAAAUCUUCUUCUAACGUGGCGUUUGUUCCCAGCGCCACACAGUCACAUGAAAGAGGGGUGGUGGAAAGGGUGGACGACAACCCUGAAUCAAAUAGUACCGAAAGGGGGAGCUACAAGAAGGAUACUUAUACGAUCGAAAUGGCUGAGAUCUCCAGGCCGGAAACUGGAUCGUCACUGCAACAAACGCAGGUGCCAGAGCCGGCUAUUUUGACCGCUAAAAAUAUUAUUGAACAGGCACAAGAGGCCCACUUCACCUCUGGUACAUGUGCUAUUUGCUUGGAACUUCUUGAAGACGAGGAGAUUGUCCGUGGUUUAAUCUGUGGACAUGUCUUUCACCAAGAGUGCCUCGAUCCUUGGCUCAUUGAUCGCAAUGCCUGCUGUCCUAUGUGCAAACGAUCUUAUUACUACAAAAACGAACAAGAGAACUCAGCUACUGGUGACGGAGGGGACCCUCAAGGUGACGAGGAAGGGAAUGCAGACCAUGAUGACGAUGUGGAUUCGCUCUACUCUCCUUUUACGCCCAUUUCCGCUAGAGUCCCCGAUAUUUUGAGAAAUGAAGCGAAUAGCCAUAUGGAUUUGAAGGAAUUCGCGGACAGAGAGGUGGCUAGAUUGUACAAUAUCAAGUUUAUUUUCUUUUGGAAGCUCAUGGGUGUUUCGAAGAGUGAUAUUUUCAACUGGGCUGUGUUAAAAAGGUUUGAAGAACUAACGUUGGAGGAGAGACGGCAGAGUCGAGAGGUUGGAACACAGCCAGGAGGACAGCCCGCAGAAGAAACCUCAAUCAAUGACCAUUCGUCGGCACUGGGCACUGCACCACCCUCCCUUCAUUCACACGCAGACCCGACCUCCACCGAAACACGGUAUAUAUCGACCCAAGCCAACGGGGAUGCUUUACAGGUCAUGGAUAGACCAGAAAAUAGCGCUGACCAAGGUAUUACUGCCGAUUCUGGAAGUGACACUGGGCAGCAAAGGCCACCUGAAGCCGAGACGACCCCAAGUUUCAGAAGUAUCCAGGCGGACGAAGUCGAGAACAGGCGGGACGCAGUAGAGAGGAUGGUUUAAGGGAUCGUCUUUUGGACCGGCUAGGACCCCUUUCUCUGUAAUUUGCCUGCUUCAGGUUUUAGCUGCCUGCCUUACGUUAAAGCAUAGGUAGCUGGGCGUGGUGCGAGGAUUUGAAGUAAAAUGUUAGGCUAGGAAAUCUAAGGGUAUUGUAACAAAUAAAACUGUACGCGGGCCGUGGCAUUGUCAAACUCACCCCGUAAACUAUGAAACGAAAUAAAAGUAUAUAUAAUACAAUAAAGAACAGAUAAAAGA